AUGAGAGGCAGAGGGCAUGUCGCAGAACAACAUUUGAAAGAACAGGCAGUGGCAGUGGCCAUAGACAAGGACAAAGGAAGUGAAUAUGCAAUUAAAUGGACCAUUAAUAGUCUCUUAACCAAGGGGCAAGCUCUCACAUUGCUCCAUGUUAGACAUCCAAUUUAUGGCCAAAAUGCGUCAACGGAGAAUCAAAAGGAUCAUCAAUCACAUGAGUUAUUCAUUUCAUUUCGUUCUUUUUGCGCAAAAAAGAAUAUAAAAUGCACCGAAAUUGUACUCGAGGACAAUGACAUACCAAACGCACUGAUCAAGUAUGUCAAAGCUAAUUCAAUUGAGAUUUUGGUACUCGGUGUUCCAACAAAAGGUGGCAUUUUCAGAUUCAGACUUACAGAUGUACCGAGCAGUGUCGUAAAAAUGACGCCAGAAUUUUGUUCUGUUUAUGUCAUCACCAAAGGGAAGAUCUCAUACAUGCGAUGCUCCACUAUAGCCCCGCCACCACCUCCUCCAAGUAGUAGUAAUCUUCAACUGCAGGACCAUGCAAGCAAUGUUUCUGAAGCAAGUAAUUCACAAUUCAUGCGCACCCAGUUGCCUAACAUCAAAGCAUCAGAGAGGAUGCAUUAUCAAUCGGGAAACCAACAUUUUGAUGAGAUCAGGUCACCAUUUAGAAGAGGAAGACAUUCGAUGGACAGAUCAUAUGACCUCUCGCCCGAUAUUGAUAUAUCAAUUGUGAGUAGUGAAAGACCAAGUAUGGAUCGCAUGUAUCCCUCUUUCUUAGAUAGUAUGGAUUCAAGAAGAAACUCUCGACAUUUGAAUAGCUCAGAAUCAGAAUACGGAAGCUCUAUGUCAUCCCACUCGAGAAGCACACAUUUUAAGGAAAUCAACUUUCCGAAACCUGAAUACUCAUCAUCCUCGUCAGUUGAUAGAGGGGAUUCUUGGUUAUCACAAAACAAUAAUAAUACCUUGGAUGAUGUGGAGCUUGAGAUGAGGAGGCUCAGGCUAGAGCUCAUGCAAACAACGGAGAUGUACAAUACAACGUGUAAAGAAGCGCGGACAGCAAAGCAUAAGGAAAAUGAACUUAACCGAUGCAAAAUAGAAGAGGGACAAAGAUUAGAAGAGGCGCGACUAGCCGAGGAAUUUGCACUUGUAGAGAGGGAGAAAACAAAAUGCCAGGCAGCGAUUCAAGCUGCUGCAUCAGCUAAAAGGCUUGCUGAACUGGAAGCACAAAUGAGGUGGAAUCAUGCAGAUAAUAUAGCCCGUAAAGAAUCUGAAGAAAUGAAGAAGACAUCUGAAGCAAGGGCAUACGAUGUUAGGUACAGGAGGUACACGAUUGAGGACAUUGAAGUGGCAACAUGUAAUUUUUUGCGAGCUCGCAAGAUUGGGGAAGGAGGCUAUGGGCCAGUAUACAAAGGUGAACUAGAUCACACACAAGUUGCUAUAAAAGUUCUACGUCCAGAUGCAGCUCAAGGACGAUCACAGUUCCAGCAAGAGGUUGAAGUAUUGAGCUGCAUACGACAUCCAAACAUGGUUCUCCUUCUUGGAGCUUGUCCAGAGUUUGGUUGUUUAGUCUAUGAAUACAUGGGUAAUGGGAGCUUGGAGGAUCGUCUAUUUUGCCGAGGUAACACCCCGGUUAUCCCUUGGCAGCUAAGGUUUCGGAUUGCCGCAGAAAUUGCAACGGGGCUCUUAUUCCUUCAUCAAGCAAAGCCAGAACCCCUUGUGCACCGUGACCUAAAACCCAGCAACAUAUUGCUAGACAAUAAUUAUGUGAGCAAGAUUAGUGAUUUAGGUCUGGCUAGACUUGUGCCUCCAUCAGUGGCAGAUGUUGUCACUCAGUAUCACAUGACAUCAACAGCUGGAACAUUUUGCUACAUCGAUCCAGAGUAUCAGCAGACAGGCAUGCUCGGAACAAAAUCUGAUAUCUACUCAUUGGGUGUGUUGCUUCUACAAAUCAUUACAGCUAAACCACCUAUGGGUUUAACUCAUCAAGUAGAGCGGGCUAUCGAGACGGGAAGAAUUCUUGAGAUGCUUGAUCCUGCUGUUCAUGAUUGGCCAGUUGAGGAAGCAUUGAAGUUUGCCAAGCUUUCUUUACAGUGUGCUGAAAUGAGGAAAAAAGACCGACCGGAUCUUGGGAAGGUUGUGUUGCCUGUGCUUAACCGAUUAAGAGCCUUCGCUGAAGAUAGCUUGCAACGUGUUAUAUUUGGCGGAGGUGGAGUGCUCCCACCAAAUCAAAACUCAAAUUCUGCAUCACAAGAUGUCAUAAGUCGACCACAGUCUGGAUAUGAUAGCUCAAGGAGCCGUACUUCAAGCAUGUCAUCUCAUCCUGGAAGAAGUAGCUAG